CAUCGGCCGCACAAGGGUGCAGCAGCACGUUUGAGCGAGGGCAUGACAUCGCGACGAGUCAGGCUUUCUUUCUCUCUUCUGCUUGGACCCUGGACAGCCAGGGGGGAUGAAUCGGUUCUGAACAGUAUUGCGGAGGAGGGGCUCGCUUUGGACCGUCGAGCGCAGAUCGCUCUGCUCCAGCUAAGAAAGAUCUGCCCUGUCAGCCCGUAUUUGGAUGAAUGGAGACGGCAAUGUGACCAAGAAGAGGCGGCUGCAGCGGUUGGGCUGGGACAACACGACUUGGAACGAUAUUUUGCUAGGGAUGGCGGUUUUGGUUUGGCGAUGCCUGCAGAACUGACAUGAGACUGUAAUACUAGCUGAGGUGAUCAAUUCAUCUGGGAGGACAUGGCGAGGUUAACAUGCGGAGUAGGCGGUCAAGAUACGAAACGAGAAAGGGAAUAAAGAACACACUCGACUCAUG